AUGGCUGCUCGCAAAGGACCUUUCAAGCUGGUCACCGUCAACACGGCGCCCGAGCGCGCCAAGCGCCUCAUUGGACGCCUCAUUGAGGUGCUCGAGGACGACUAUGAUAUUGAGCACGUCGACAACUGCGAGAACAUUGGUGAGGUUGUGCCCAAGGUGACCAAGCACCGCCCCGACGUACUGUUCUCCGCCUCAAUGUGGUCGGAGGAAGAGGCUGCCAAGAUCCGCAGCCUGGCACAGUCCGUGGUCCCCGACAUUAAGACACACGCAAUCCCCCAGGGACUGCAGGUAGAGAGGGGGCCGGAAGCUGUUGUCGAAUACCUGGUGGAAAAGGUCCCCGCCCUGCUGGACUCAUAG